AUGUUCAAAUCUCCCUGUGAUGAAAUUAUUUCGUUAAUCAUUUACGCCUGUCUCGAAGUGAAACAGAAAAUAAUGCCAAAUUUUUCGCAAUCUUUUUGGUCUUUUGUAGAACAACAAAAACGUCGACGAUUUCAUCCGUUACGUAAUCUGAGGCGUAUUUUUCGACGACGUACCAUUACAACAACCACAGCAACCCCCACAACAGCGGCGGGAUCAUCAUCCGCAGAUACACCGCCGACCUCAGCGUCACCACCCGCCACCAGUAGUACCAGUGAGAAAAAUCUACGCAGUGCCACCCUCUCGUCCGUUGCCUCGGUAGCUUCGGCUUCAUCACCCUCCUCUCCAUUGACCCAUCAACAGUUGCAUGACGCCUAUUUGACCCAGUCGCUGCCGAAAUCGAAAUCUUCCUAUAUUUCAUUGCUCGGAGGAGUUGGUGGUAAACACAAAAGUCAUGAUCCAAAUUUAAAUGCGGCCGAAUCGAAAGGAAAAUCGAAACAUAAAAAUAAGAAGCAGCAUCUGCAGCAGCAGCAACAACAACAAUCCAAAGAUUUAGAACAACAACAACCCACAGACAGUGUUGAAGACGACGAAAAUAUGUUUGGUACCACAACAGCCCAAACAACGGCUUCAUAUCAUCAACAGCAACAUCAUGUGUCGAUGUCUUCGACCACCUCCUCAGGGGGGAUGGUGGGUAAGCCCUCAAGGCAAUCUAUAGGCGUGGCUGUUUUUCCCGGUGCCAUGCAAAGGAAUUUCUUUGCCGAACGCCAAAAAUUACGCAGUGUGGGAGAUUCUUCACAGGAUUUGGAUAGCGGUAGUGGCAAUGACAGUGGCACCGGUGGAGGUGGUGGCGGAGGCCAUACCUCGUUGGCUGCCAAAAAUAGCAGUGCCAGUGGUGGUGAAAUGUCCGACAGUCAAAGGAGUUUAAGUGAAGGACGUUUGAUUGAUAGUGACUAUUCCCGCGAUGGUCUCUCUCAGUCCCAUGACAGUGUAUUCUCAGAAUCCGCAACAGCCAGCAGUUUUACAAGUCGCAAUUAUGAGGCCGAACUUGCUGAUGUCUUACGCAAACGACGCAAUCGUCCCGAUGCCUCCGAUGAAGAUUUGGGCUUGCCACGCAGUCCAGCCUCGCCACAGCGACGUGUUGUGGCCAAAACUGGCGGCAGCAACAACAAUGGAAUUGGUGGCGGUAUUGGAGGUGGCAUGGCCUCAUCAUCAUCGCUGCGUACCCACCAUAAACAGUCAUCAAUGGAGAAACAAAGUGAAAAUUCUUCCUUGAGCCUGUUGAGCAUGAACAGCAGUGUUGAGGGUGAAGAAAUGAUGGUCACCUCCACCGCCAAUAAUUCAACAUCAUCAACAACAGAAAUUGUACAAGAACGUUCAAGAUAUUCACGAUCAUCGACAAUGUCGAGUAUUUCAAUGUCAUCGGAUAUUUUGCGGCAUCGUGAAAGUUCCUCACUACUAAGUGGUGGAGAUGAAGUGGAUUUAUUUUCUUCGGACUGGCAACGUUUGUCACAUUCGGCUGCCAAGCAUAAAAUGGCAAUUCGACCGGCUAAGAAGAAGGGUGGCCCCAGCCGACAGCAUAGAAGGACAUUGGAGACUUCCAUACCGGAGGCCAAUGAGGAGCUAUCGAAAUUGACCAACAAAAAGUUAUUGGAUAUUAAAGAUUUGGAUAACAAAGCCAAGACACGUUCUCUCCCACCGGGUGUUAAUCCUGCCAAAAUUAUGGAAGAACAACAACUACACACUGCCUAUAAGGAAUCAACAACAACAACCAAAUCCUCAGCUAUGGCAACAACAAAAACUACGAGUUCGAGCUCAACGAAUAAUCUAUUCGGUUUUCGUUCAUUGUCUUCGAAGGCCUCGUCAUUGUUUGAAGCCAAAGAAACUGCUUCCACGACCACCUCCACCUCUUCCACCUCUGCUGUGGCUUCUUCGGUGGUAAUGGAGGAAAAGAAAUUGGUGAAAUCGGAGGAACCUGUUGUCGAGGAAUCUGGCUUCUUGAGACGUUUAAUGCAUCGCAAUUCGAAACGUUCCAUUGCCAAGGCAAAUGCUGGAGAUGAUGUGGAGCAGGUGGAUGCGGCCAGCAAACCCAAUGAACCAAAGAAAUUACAAAUUGGAAAUUCCAAUCAUACGGAAUCUAAGGCCUCAUCGGCAUAUACAUCCUCCUCCUCGUCAUCGUCCUCCUUUGUCCAGGACGUAACCCAAAGUGAAUUCUCCUAUAUCAGUUCACCGGUCAAGAUCAGCAAAAUGGAAGAGCAUAGCCGCGAGCUGAAAAAAUUGGAGACAAUAAGUGACAGCAGGACUGCAAACUUUAGUCCCAUCUCAAGUAGUCAGCAUCAUGAAACCAUUAAGGAAGAGAAAAUAGUGGAAGAGGUGGUGAAUGUCAAACCCAAAACUGGACCUGCCUCUCGGCAACGUUACAUGCCCCAAAAUAUUAGCAAUGAAAAUCUAAAGGCCUCAGAACAAAUGGGUUCACGGGAAUCGAUACUAAGUAAAUCUUCCGCCAAUGAGGUGUUCCAAUCCACCUCCAUUAUACGGGAGAUUACCAAACAACAGCAGCAACAACAGUCGAGUCCCAUGGUGAUUUCUCCCUCUAAGGCCGAUCAUCAUUUCGAAAAGAAACCGAAAAUUGUGGGCCUUUCGGCUUUCCAACAGAAAAUAUCCAAAUCGAAUGAGUCCUUUGGCCGUAAUUCGAAUGUUUCCAGUACCACCUCGUUAAAUCAACAAAAUAGUGGUUCCAUGGAAACCCAGGAGAUCGGGGAUGGGGAGGAAUUGGAGUUAUGUGCCCCCGUGCGGGCCCAAAUCUAUGAGCAGAAAUCACGCAAGUCGGUAGAAAAAUCCAAAAGUUUCCGGGCCUAUGGUGAGGAAAAGCCUAGCAUUACCCCAGUCCAUAAUAAUAUGCCCAGUCUACCGGAUUUGAGUUUGAAUUUGAGGGUACCCUAUUACAAGGAAUUUGAGACCCGCGAAAGCAAACAAGAGGAGUCGUAUUUUGAAAAGGUCUCCAAAGUUUCCGUGACCUCACCCUCCACAACCUCUACGACCUCAAGUCGCCACAUCCAAGAGGCGGAGAAUAACAUCGACAUGAUGGUCACCUCCCCAUUCAUAAGUGUUAUACGCAAAUCCGCCAAUUUCUGUGAGCAGUCGGAAAAAAUGGAAAUCGUCAAACCGGUCCGACCCUCCGUUUUGGCCUUGAAAAAGGAGAAAUCCCUGAGUGAGGAUAAUGUCCUAAAUUCCCCCAGUACGGCCAAUGUUACGCUAAGGGAAAAGGUUCUGCCAAAACAAAAUCUGAAUUUCACCACAAGUUCCAGCAGUGGUCAAUUGGAUCAGGAAAGGAAAUCGGCUCCAAAUCCUUCGGUUAGCAAACCAGCCAAUGGUUUUAGAAGUAACUCUACUAGGCGUUCCUCAAGUGUGGUGGCGGAUUCCACAGAAAAUCAAAAAUCCUCUGUACCGGAAUUUAUGAAAAUCCAAUUGAAUCGUGUGGAUCCUAUGCGUACCUCCAAGACCCAUGUGGUGUUGGCGAAAAAUGUCAAGGAGACUACAAGCCAAGGGGGCGUGUCACGUGAAUCUACACCCGAUAAGGAAGAUGAUUUCCGCCGUUUGAGUUCGGAAAGUGUGGAUAUCAAUGAACGUUCCUCCCCGGAAAUGGAGAAACGUUUUCCCUUGGUCUAUCAUGAGGCCAUUAAUAAACAAGCCAAAUUGCAGUUGGGUCUGCCACCCAAGAGUCCCAUCAAGAAGACCACCUCGACCACCCCCUGCGGCAUGGCCAUAUCAAAUGUUCUCAUCACGAAUUCACCAAGUAUAAAUUUCCCCAACACACCCACCACACCACCCACUCCUACCAUUAAUGAAAAGGAUAGCAAGGCGGACUUGGAGUCGCAAUUCAAAAUGCCUGAGAUCAAAUCCCCUGAAACCAAUACAAAUUCCCUUUCGCUGCAGGAACGUCGACGUCUCUUUAUGUCCGAGGAGAAAACAAAGUUGGAAAAGAAAGUCGAAGAAUUGAAAUAUGAAAGGAAGCGUUCCAUCAAUGAAGAGUUGGCCCGCAAAACUGUGAUUAAAUCCGAAUCCAUGGAAGAACGAGAGACCACCACCUCCUGCUCUCCCACCUCCAUGGAAAAUGGGGUAAUUUUGCGUAAGAAAUCCUUUGCCUCUUCCGCAUCACAUCUUUCGCUGAAUGGUGGCAGUUCGCUGAGUAGCAGCAACAACAAUAGCUGUUCAAAUUUGAGCCAUAAGUCCACAGAUCCCACACCGGAGUUGAUGAAGGUCUUCGCUAGGAGGUCGCUGAAAAUCAAGGAUGAGGAUUUGGAUAAAAUGUUGAAUAAUGGCAGUAAUACACCUCCCACCUCCCUUUCCAAUAAGAAAUUUUCAUUGGGUAGCAAUAACACCUCGACCUGUUCCACCUCCUCCAGCAGCAACAACAACAACAAUCCCAGUGUGGACAGUGAUAAGGAAAAUCAAUCUGCCAGUGAAGAGAAAUUGGAUAAGCUGAGUAAAUUGGAACCCGAAUCGAAAAUCUCCUCCAAUAGCACCUCCACAGUGAUUAACAAUCAAAGGAAUUCCUUGGCGGAUUUCAGGCAAAACUCACACAAAAUAUCGUCUUCAGGUUUGAGCCUGAACAACAAUCAUCAGCACCAUCAGCCACAGCAGCAAAUCACCUCACCCAGUAUUGUAAAUCAAAAUCAACAGAACAACAACAACAGCAAGAACUUUUUACCACCCAUUAAAAUUGCCGGAUUUAGGCAUGUCUCCAUGCCCAAUAGCAAUAACAACAAUAGCAUCUCCUCCCCCGGCAAAUCCACAACCCUGGAAAGGCCCAGCACGAAACUCAAUGAAACGAAAACCGAAUCGACGAUGACGACGAAUGGUAGCAGCAACAGCAGCACCACAACUUAUCCUCUCAUCAGUAAGACCAUUGAACGAUCAGCCACAGUGGGAGAAUUUAAGGGCAUACAUCAGCGUCGGGCCGAGUGGGAGCAAAGAGCCAAGGAGGCUUUAAAAUAGAUUUCA